AUGGACACCUAAAACCUCCAUCCUGAAGUUCUUAAAAUCAAAGACUUUAUAAUCAAUAUUCGUCGUUAAAUCCACUAAUAUCCCGAACUAGCAUAUGAAGAGCAUUAAACUUCCGACUUAAUAAAAUCCCAUUUAAUCGAAUUUGGUUACUAAGUAAUUCCAAAUGUAGGAAAAACCGGUCUUGUAGGCAUACUAAAAGGUGAAAAGUAAGGUCCAUGUUAUCUUUUAAGAGCCGACAUGGAUGCUCUUCUUGUCCAAGAGAAUUCCGGUGAUCCAUAUUCUAGUAAAAUUCCAGGAAAACAUCACGCAUGUGGCCACGAUGGUCACGUAGCAAUGUUAUUAGGUCUUGCUAAGAUAAUAAAAGACUGGCAUAAAAAAAUACACGGUACUGUGAAAUUAUGUUUUUAGCCUGCUGAAGAAGGCGGAGCUGGUGCUAAAAAAAUGAUUGAAGAUCCAAAAUAUCCUGUUUUAGAAAAUCCUAGUGUAGAUAUGUGUUUUGGAAUACAUCUAUUAAAUAAUUACUACCCAGGAACUAUUAUUUCAUGUUCAGGUCCCAUAACAGGAAAUUCAGAUAGGUUUUAAAUUAAUAUUUAAGGCUUAGGAGGUCAUGGUUCAUUGCCAAAUUAAUGUAAAGACGCAUUAGUUAUUGGAUGUCAAUUAGUAUGUAAUUUUUAAACGAUUAUAAGUAGAAAUGUAUUUCCUGGAGAACAAGCUACUAUUUGUGUAGGCAAAAUUACCUCAGGAAGUGGUGGAGGUAAUAUAAUAGCUUCUGAUUGUGAGAUUAUAGGUGGAUUUAGAAGUAAUAAUAAAAAGGCAAGAAGUUUAUUAAUAAAAAGAAUGUAAGAUAUAUGUAAUGGAUUAGCUAUAGCGUAUGAAUGUUAAAUAAAAUUCGAAUACUAACUUCUGUAUGAUGUUGUAGUAAACGAUUAAAAGGCUUUUAAUAUAAUAGAAAAGACUGCAAAAAAAGUAGUUGGUGAAAAAAAUUUUAUAUAUAAUAAUUUUGGUCUUGCAGGGGAAGAUUUUACUUUUUUUUCUUAAAAAGUACCUAGUGGAUUUUUAAUGGUUGGAAGCGCACCUGAAAAUAGUAUUUAAGAAGAAAAGGUACUUAGGCCUCAUCAUUCGCCUUUUUUUACUAUAGACGAGAAAAGUAUUUUAAUAGGAACCUCUUUUUGGGUUUAAUUUAUUGAAGAUUAGAUGGUUAAUAUAUGAUUUUUAAAUAAAAUGGGUG